AUGCCCGAGUUGCCUCCGUUACUGCGCUUGGCCUUGAAGUUCCGGAUCAGUAUACAACUGAUGCAACCGGAUGAUAUGCAUGUGUGGGUAACGAACCUUCAGCGCAGAGUCGGUCGACUGUUCGAGCUCAACCAUCACCAGGAUGGAAACAGCAUAUAUCACCGGCAUAGAUCUCUAUGUUCUAAGCCUUCUUCCUUCUACAUCUGGGCUGUUCACGGUUCGAAGAACUCCAUGCAUUCUCAUCAGCCUUCUCUCUCUUCUGUCGCUGCAUCAAUCAAGUCAUCAUCGACAACUUACUCACUUGAAGAAGACAAUGAUAACAUCGACACCAACAAUCCAAAUUUCUCGUAUGGACGAUCCGUCUCGUUCUAUCAGUCCAAUACGUUUUAUCCCAGUCUCCCCCUGCUAACCGGCCUGCCCAGUAAUGACAGUCACGAGUCCCUAGAAAAACUCCCCCUUCAACCGGCCGACAGUUUUGUGUAUCCAGUGCGAAUGAGUGCCAUCCUUCGAUCACCCCAUGAAAGUAGUGACCCGGGUCGGGAGUCUGUUAUUUCUCUUGAGACUAACUGGCGACGGCGCCAAACUAUCAAGCGUGGAGUCACGCGAAGAGUAAAACUUAUCAAGGGUAAUUUCAUUGUUGAGUAUCCCGUACCCACGGCCGUUCGGAACGCUAUCGAGUCAAAAUACACCUCCAUGCAAAGUACAGAAUUCUCGUGCCCGCUACAUGCGAUCCGGAUGACUUUACAGAAGCAAACGGUUUGGUCAUUACGAACAAGGUUCUACAACCGCGAAACGGAGCUGCUCAUUGCCGUCACCUCGUAUACUGAAGAUAAGACUUUGUACGCCCGCACCUUACAUGGAGUCAUGACGAACAUCCGUGACAUCUGUAAAACCAAAAAGUCCAAAUAUUGGCGAACUCAAGCCGAGGCCGGUUCUCCCGGCUGGCAAAAUAUCGUAGUGGCGCUGGUCGUUGACGGCCUGGAAGCGAUGGACAAGAGUGCCCUAGACAUCCUUGCCACUGUUGGUGUCUAUCAAGAUGGCGUGAUGAAAAAGCAGAUUGAUGGAAAAUCAACAGUAACGCACAUCUUUGAGUACACCAUGCAGCUAUCCAUGGAUGCGAAACCAAAUCUUGUACUUCCACAAGACGGCGAUCCAUCGAAUCUGGUUCCCGUGCAAAUCGUAGUUGGGUUAAAAGCGCAGAACCAGAAGAAGAUUAAAUCUCAUCGAUGGCUGUUUAAUGCUAUUGCACAAUAUCCUACUGAAAGUAUGUUUGGCUAUGUCUCCGUGUUGCCUGGAGCAUUCAGUGCGUAUCGAUACAGAGUCAUCCUUGGCCGACCUCUGGAGCAAUACUUCCAUGGCGACCACUCCCUUGCGGAGCAUCUAGGCGACCAAGGUAUCAACGGAAUGUCCAUCUUCCAGAAGAAUAUGUUUUUAGCCGAAGAUCGUAUUUCGUGUUUGGAACUGGUAGCAAAGCGAGAUGAACGAUGGACACUAACAUACGUCAAACCAAGUAAAGCCGAAACCGAUGUACCGAAGAGCGCCGCGGAGUUGAUAGGACAACGGCGGAGAUGGCUCAAUGGUUCAUUUUCUGCAAGCGUCUACGCGCUCGUCAACUUCUUCAGGUUUUCCUGCUCGGGACAUAGGAUCUUUAGAAUGCUGUUCUUCCAUAUACAAGGCUUGUACAACGCCUUUUCUUUGGUCUUCUUAUGGUUCGCCCUGGCCAACUUGUGGCUUACGUUCAGUAUCAUCAUCGAUCUGCUAUCAUUGCAGGGAAUUCACUGGAUCAACUUGGGUUUAAAGUAUCUUUAUCUGGGUUUCCUUGUACUGCAGUCGUUCUUUAACCUACCUCUUGGUCCCCUGGUUGCUGCAAUGAUAUCUACAUUCGGUAUCUAUUUUUUUGCAUCCUUCUUAGAUGGCGAUCCAUGGCACAUGUUCACAAGUUUCAUGCCGUAUCUAUGUCUAGCGCCAAGCUUCAUCAACGUUCUCAAUGUCUACGCAUUUUGUAAUCUGCAUGACGUGUCUUGGGGAACGAAAGGAAGUAACAAAAUAGAUGUUCUUCCCUCACUGAAAUCUCGUACAACGCUUGGAAAUGACGAGCCUCAUGUUGAGGAUACGACUAGGAUGCAGGAGGACGUCAAUACUGCAUUCAAAGAGACGGUCACGCGCGCUCUUUGGAAGAUUAAGAUUCGACUUGUGGCUACAUGGAUGUUCACAAAUGGCAUCCUCGCCGUCGGGAUCGAGAAUAUUAAUGGUUGGCUGAAUGUGGACGACGAAAAUAUAUCAAAAGAGAUGAUCAAGAAUUUCGAGGAGGGCUAUUCGGAGAAGAGAAACAAUUACUUUGCUUUCAUCUUAUAUUCGACUUUUCUUCUGUCGGUUGUGAGGUUGGUAGGUUGUUUAUGGUAUUGGCUCGGACACAACUUGUGCAAGUCUUGUCGUAGGACCUGA